AGCUCCGCCAUUGCCUCGCCCGCGCAGUCUCCUCAGCUAUAACAUGGGUCCAGGAAUAGCACUCACCUCUUCAGGAGGAUGCACACGGGAGACCUGCGGGCUCCCGGCAGAUGGAGCACCUUCCCUUUUCCGAUGAGCCACCUGUGCUUGGUUCUCUGGACCAGAUCUCGCCCCCUCAUGUGCUGUGUGACUGCCAGAAGUGGGACGCUGUCUUCCUGGUCACACCAGGACAGCUCACUGCUGAGAAGUUCAGGGGCUCGACCCGGUGUCCAGCCGCUAAAUCGCGAGCCACCUCUCAGCUUCAAGGAUGUGGUUGUGAGCUUCACGCGUGAGGAAUGGGGACGGCUAGACCCGGUCCAGAGGACACUGUACCACGACGUGACUCUAGAGACGUGUGGCCACCUAAUCUCCCUGGGGCUUCUGCUCCCCAAUCUGGAUGUGAUCUCCCUCCUGGAGAAUGGUGAAGGCCCUUGGAGGGCAGAGCAGGAACCUGCUGCCCGAGACUGGAAGACUACACAUGAAAAGAAAGAGUUACCUUCUGAAGAUACUGCUGUGGAAGAACCAUCUUUCCACAUAAAAAUGAAACACUGUGUAGAAGGCCCCUGGCCUGUGCAGCGUUGGAGGGCCCAGCCAUUGGAGCGCCAGGAGGAACCUUUCAGUCAAAUUCUACUUACCUUGCAGGAGAGACCGUUUGCUCAAGAGGAACAUUGUAAGCAUGACCUUGGGGGAAGUUGUCAGAGUAAAAGCCUUCUACCUCCAUCAUUACCCGCAAAAACUCAUUUCCACCAGCUUGACUCGCAGGCUCAACAGUUGAAACAGAGUUCAGUUUUUGUUAAUCAUCAGAAAGGCUGGACCAAUCGGAAGCCCUGUGAAAAUCCUGAAAGUGCCAGAGCCUUCUCUCAAAACAUUCACUUGCAUAAACUUGAAGAUGUUGAAACAAAAGAUAAAAGUCCUCACGAAUAUACUGUCAGGAAUGACUCUUUGAACUGCGGUGCCUCUGUUCGUUUCUGUAACAGAAUUUUUUCAGCAGAGAACAGCAGUGAUUGUAAGGCCUAUGGAAAUGUCAUUAACCAUAGCAUGUCUCUGAAUGAAAACAAGUCAUUGCAUUUUGGAGAAUGUCAGUGUGAGUGUGACAAAUGCUUUGUGCAAACUGAAGUAAUUGUUGGAUAUCCUAGAUGUGAGAAGGAAUGUACUGCCUUCCACAAGGCCUCAUCUUUUAGUGAUUGUGACAUCAAUCAGAUGAGAAGGAAGCCACAUGCAUGUAAUAUGUGUGGAAAAUCUGCCAGCUGUUGCUCUAAGCUUGUACACCAGAGAACACACACUGGAGACAAGCCAUGUAAAUGCAGUCGUUGUAGUAAAGCCAUCACUGGGAGCUUUCACCUUUCACAUCAGAGAAUUCACUUGGACGAGAAUCCCUAUGAGUGUAAUGACUGUGGGAAAUCUUUUAGACAGCAGUCACAGCUUGUUGUACAUCAGCGAGUCCACGCUGGAGAUAAACCUUAUGAAUGUAAUUAUUGUGGGAAAGCUUUCAGGUGGAGAUAUCUCCUCAUUGUGCAUCAGAGAACACACACUGGAGAGAAGCCCUAUCAGUGUAAUGUGUGUGUUAAAGCCUUCAGUGGUCGGUCAGCUCUUAGGAAACAUGAGAGAACACACACAGGUGAAAAACACUUUGAAUGUAAUGAUUGUGAAAAAUUCUUUAACCGGCAAAGUCACCUUACUAGGCAUCAGAGAAGUCAUACUGCAGGGAAACCUUAUUUGUGUGCUCAGUGUGGAAACUCUUUCAGUCGUAGCUCUGACUUUGUUGCACAUAGACGGAUUCACACUGGAGAGAAACCCUAUGAAUGUAACCACUGUGGGAAAUCUUUUUGGCAGCAAUCACAGUUGCUUGUGCAUCAACGAGCUCAUACUGGAGAGAAGAAAUUUUAUGAAUGCAGCCAUUGUGGAAAAGGUUUCAAAUGGCGAUCUCACCUCAUUCUGCAUCAGAGAACACACACUGGAGAAAAGCCCUAUGAAUGCAUUGAUUGUGGGAAAGCCUUCAGUGAUGGAUCAUCUCUUAGAAAACAUGAGAGAACACACACUGGUGAGAAACCCUAUCACUGCAACCACUGUGGGAAAUCUUUCCGACAGCAAUCGCAGCUCGUCGUGCAUCAGCGAACCCAUACUGGAGAGAAACCUUAUGAAUGCAAUCAUUGUGGAAAAGCUUUCAGCCAGAGGUCUAUCCUCACUGUUCAUCAGAGAACACACACUGGAGAGAAGCCCUAUAAGUGUAAAAUUUGUGUUAAAGCCUUUAGCCAGAGAUACCUCCUCAUUGUGCAUCAGAGAACACACACUGGAGAGAAGCCCUAUCAGUGUAACAUGUGUGUUAAAGCCUUUAGUGGUCGGUUAGCUCUCAGAAAGCAUGAGAGAACGCAUACAGUUGAGAAACCCUGUUAAUGAAUGUACUCAUUGUGAAAAAGUCUUUACUGGGCCAUGUCACUGUACUGGGCAUCAGAGAAUUCACACUGGAGAGAAACCAUAUUUUUGUGCUCAUUGUGAGAAGUCCUUCAGCAAUAACUCUUAUUUUUGUUUCACAUAAAAAGAUUCACACUGGAAAGAAACCCUAUGAAUGUUACCACUGUGGAAAGACUUUUUAGCAGCAGUUAGUUUGUGCAUCUGUGAAUUUAACCUGGAGAGAAAAAACCUUAUGAAUGCAGUCAUUGUUGAAAGGUUUCAAAUGGAGAGCUCUUGUGCGUCAGAGAACACACACCAGUAAGAAACCCUAUAAAUGUAAUCAUUGUGAAAAGGCUUUUUCUGGUGUCAGACUUGCCUUGCUAGGCAUCAGAGAAUUCAUACUAGAGAGAAAUCCUAUAAAUGUCACAAAUGUGGGAAGGCUUUCAGGUAAAAUAAAUCACUUAUUCAAUAUUAGAAAACACAUGCGAGAGAAACUCUAUGAAUAGUUAAGAUGGAAAAGCUCUGCCAAAACUUGAGACAUCAGAUGACCACAUGCAUCAGAACUGCAUGGAGUGCGUAUUGAAGCUGCAGAAUACCAAGCUUACCCUAAUGUACUAAAUCAAAACUCUAUCAAUAAAACCCAGGAUCCCAUCAUUUCCUAAAGCAGCAUGUUAUUUGUACAUGCACUAAAAUGUGUUUACUUCUGUGUUUAUGUGAGAAGGUAAACUUUCAGUCAGAGUUCAUAGUAAAAAAACAGAAAAUUCAGAACUGCGUUUACCAUAUUAUCAUUUUAUUGCAAACAGCCACGUAAACAAAUCAGAAGUUACCUGUAUAACACAUUUCUAAAAAAUGGUGGGGGACGGGAAGAUACUAUGUACCCAAAAAAGGCUGACACGCAUAUCAACAGUGGUGAAAAUGUGAGAGGCUAUUACUGCAGAUUUGAACAAAGUGAAAGCAGGUGGGACAGCAUCACCUGGAGACAGAUAUUGUGAAAGGCUGAAGCCAGGACUGUGAAGAGAGGGUUGAAGUACUGGAGGUCACAGCCCCUUGGCAGAAUUGCAGACUCCGGUGUGGCAGGAGAGCAGGAUUAAUUAAACUCUGUUCAUGAAAUUCCAGAUGUCCUCCUCUUCUACUAUUCUUGUCCUGUUUACAGUAUUUGGCUGUGGGUGAGCAAAAUAAAAUAGGGAAUGAAUUAGUUAUGAAAAGAAAUAUGUGGUCUAGGGACUAGGAAAUUGGUGUAUUAUGCUCCAGAACAAAGGCUGCCCUUAUCUUAGUAUUUCAAGGACCAUUAUCUUAACACCUGGUUCCUGCCAUAUUCCCUUCGAAGAGUACCAUUAAACCAGCCCCACCAUGUAUGGAAACUCCCAUAUACUUUCUGUUAGUCACUUCAAUGUGGAUGGAAGGCAGGGAGCGUGAGACUUGACAGCCUUCAACGUGAAAGAAAAAAUGAGAUAAAAGAGGGAGAAAAAAAAAAAAACAGCCCAAGGAGGACACAUAUUCA